UAUGUUGACGGCGCUGCGUGCAAGGUUCAAUGAAAUGUUUUCGGCCAGCAGGUAGCGGCCGACCAGUCUUCAUCGCAUGAAAGCGAGCGCUUUCAAAGACGUUUUGCCUUUUGGUAUCGCGUGGCGAUUCUUCCCUAGGACAGUUUGGAGACUUUCUGAUUUUGAAAUGCUGACACUGCAUCGAGGCACAGGCCAGGAGAGUGAGACUGUCCCAGGUACAUGUACCUUUCAUUGUCCGCUUGCCGUCGAAGCUUCCCCUCGAUUUUAGCCGGUUCCGCGUUGCGUGGUCCGUGAUUGAGCGCUUGUGCUGCUCACACUAACUAAGUUCGGAUUGUCGAUUGGGUUAUCCUCAUUGCCUAGUGGUGAUCGGACGCAGAGCCGCCUGUAGUCGUACGUGACGCGCACGCCUGCCUUGACUCCCACUGCAAAUACACGUAACAGUACACACAACAACUGGAGAUUCUCUCCGCAGCGACCGGCCGCUGGGGGUGUGUGCGCGUGUGCCUACUCAACCGGACUGAUUCCCAGCGCACUUCUUGGUGCGUAGACUCGCCGGCAGUAGCCUAGCCGACAGCAACACAGCAGUACAGUUGCCGCGGAGGCGGGCAGUGAGUGAGUGGGAAGCCACCCUAAAGUAACGACUAACGGUUACGUCAUUGCCUGCACAUCGCCGAGCCAAGCAGCCACGAAAAGUCCCAGUGACCGAGUAUCAGAGGAGAUGGGUCACACUCCUGUGGACAAUGCUAGCCGUUCUAAUGGAGAUCGUCAACACCACACGCACAACCCGCACCACCAGCGCAACGGGGCUGGGGGCAGUGGUGGUGGUGGUGGUGGCGGGGGAAAUCACCACGACAACGGGAUUGGGAUGGGUUUCCAUGGCACCGGCCCACCACCACCAGCAGCAGCAGCAGCGCAGUCGGGCGUGCAGGGAGCGUCGGGUCAGAGUAACGCCCACGCCAUGCUGACUAUCCUGCAGAACAUUGCCUCACACCAGCAGCAGCAAAGUGGAGGUGGUGAUGGUGGUGGUGUUGGCAAGGUGAUGGGACAGCCACGGAUGGGGCCAGCAGUGGCAGCCGGCAUGCAGUCUGGUAUGACACGCGGAGCACUACGACCACCACCACCCAUGCCACCAGCUCUACCGACAACAAUCAUGGCCGUGAAGCGACCAGCUAGCCAAUGUCAUACUC